AAUCCCAGAAUGCCCAGAACUUUUGCCCAUUUAUUUAUCCAACAAAUAAUUACUAAGUACCUACGAUGAAUAGGAUAGUGGCAACAUCUUUAGUUCACUUUAUUCAGCACAUACGUCCUGAAUGCAUCUUGUAUACUAGGGCCUGCGAAUAUAGUAAAAAACAGACACCAGACACUGUCCUUGGCCUGGAGCUCACAAACUAGUGUUAAUCUAAUCAUUAACAGAAGAAUGACAGAUACACAAUUGCCUGUGUGCCAAGUGAUUCAAAGGAAGGGUGCCUGAUGGUUCUGAGAAUAAAAUAGGAAGCUGAGAACAAAGGAGACCCAAGGAGAAGUGGGGGAGACCAGUUGGAAACCUGCUGCAGUUAAACCUACAAAAGAUGGUAGUUUGGGCUAGAUUGGGAGUGUGGCGAUUGAAGAAUAUGGACUGAUAGUGAGAUGUCCCAUAUAUACACCUCAGAUCUCUCUCAGGGGACAUAAGAAAGGCAGACCAAGACCAUACUUCUCUACAGGUAACUUUGGAGAAUCCCUUUGAAUUUAAACAAAAGCAGGAUUUCCUCAGGCUUGCGUAUGCACAGCAUUUACUGAACCCCUAUUAUGUGCUGGCACCAACACGGUCACAUUUAAACCUCACAGCAACCCUAAAGUAGAAGUCAUUUCUAUCUCACAGAGGAAUCUUGGGAAGUACAGCCAAUAUGCCCUAAGUAACAGGGUUGGAGUUAGGAUCUUAUAGCUGCAUUCCAAGACUAGUUCGCUUCAUUAAGUUUAUGACUCAAGGCUUCCCACUGUUCCUUCCUUUAGUCUAGUUUUCAAUUUUGCAUCUACAGAGAGGGGGCCGUAAGCCUCCAUGGGCAGAGGGAAAGGCUGAACUCUGUUGCUAGGACAUCUCCUUCGGUCCAGAACUACAGGACGCGAGCCUUGUUUCCCAACGGAAGAGGUAAAAACAAACCCCGCGAGACCGGAAGUUGCGUGUCACACCCCCGCGCCGGCCUCCCAGACCCGGUUGAGGCCGCGGCGGACUGCCCUUCCCCAAGAUGGCGUCGAAGGAAGCCCGACAUACCAGUGCCCUACCUGUACUUCGACAUGGGGGCGGCCGUGCUGUGCGCCAGCUUCAUGUCCUUCGGGGUGAAGCGGCGCUGGUUCGCGCUGGGGGCCGCCCUGCAGCUGGCCGUCAGCACCUACGCCGCCUACGUCGGGGGCUACGUCCACUACGGGGACUGGCUGAAGGUCCGUAUGUACUCACGCACAGUUGCCAUCAUUGGCGGGUUCCUUGUGCUGGCUAGCGGUGCUGGGGAGCUCUACCGUCGGAAACCCCGCAGCCGUUCCCUGCAGUCCACAGGCCAGGUCUUCCUGGGCAUCUACCUCAUCUGUGUGGCCUACUCACUGCAGCACAGCAAGGAGGACCGGCUGGCGUAUCUGAACCAUCUACCAGGAGGGGAGCUCAUGAUCCAGCUGUUCUUCCUGCUGUACGGCAUCCUGGCCCUCGCCUUCCUGUCUGGCUACUACGUGACCCUGGCUGCCCAGAUCCUGGCUGUCCUGCUGCCCCCGGUCAUGCUGCUCAUUGACGGCAAUGUUGCCUACUGGCACAACACACGGCGUGUGGAGUUCUGGAACCAGAUGAAGCUCCUUGGAGAGAGUGUGGGCAUCUUUGGGGCCGCUGUCAUCCUAGCCACUGAUGGCUGAGCUGCACUGGGGGAAGCUGAAAUGGGUGCAGGGAGCCAGAGGGUCACCCUACCUUUCUUGCUGGCCCGGUUAUGUUUAUUUAUGCUUUUUGGUCUGUUUGUUUGAUUCUUUGCUCUGUGUGUAUGUGGGUGUGUUGGUAAGAGACAGGUCUGUUCCCCAAUUCCUGGGCUCAGCCCUUGGUGGGGGAGCCCUGAUGAUGAUGCCUUACAGGGUUUUUCUCCCUUUGUUAGGAGGAGAGCUGAGGCCAGAGAAGAGAGUAAGGCAGCACUAGGGUAGGGGUACUGGGUGUGGGAGACAGGAAGGAAGACCUAAGAACUGGAAGAGAGCAAAAGUGAAAAAUUCCUUUUGAACUGGCAGAUGCAGCGAGGCUAUGCGAACGAGUAUGCGCGCUGACAAGUGGAUCAGGCCCUGGAGGAGCAGAGGGGCUGGUCGCCACAGAAGUCACAUGGGUUCUCAGGAUGUGCCAGGGGCAGAAAUAACACUAGUUUGAGAGCAGAGCAGGCCACAGUCUACCUGGCUGUGAAGGGGUGGGGCAGGCAGCGGCCAACUUCCCGCUUCCUGCCUUCUGUUUCCAGCUCCAUGGAUGGCCUGGUGGGGGUGAGUGCCCUCCCAAACACCAGACCACACAGUCCUCCAAAAAUAAACAUUUUAUACAGA